AACUAAAGUUUGUUUCCUUCCUAAACCACCGAGUUAGAAGCUAGAUCUGGAUGUAGAAUCUAAUCUCUAGGCUAGAUCUAGUGUUUCGAUCUAGAUCUAGCCCUAGUUUUCCUUCUCAUUCAUCCAAGUCGUCAGUUUACAUACAUGGAUCAGGCCUAAUCUCCUUAGCCUUAAAAGUUGAGGUGAAAUUGAUUGAACUAGACUACAAACUUGGUUUGACUAAACUUCCUGAAGUUGAAGUAGGGCCUUUACCCGUCCCUGGGAUGCUUGGCCUAGAUUUGAGGUCAAGAUAUCUUGAUCAUAAUCUAGAUCUAGAUCUAGAAAAUCUAGAUCCAGAGUCGCUAAAUUUUGUUUCUCAUCAAAAUUGGGCUAAGUAGAACUGUCUGUUGGAGUCACUUUAAACCUCUUCCUGAUCAUUGUCAUGAUUUGAUGAUUGCAAGAGCUCUGCUGCCCAGGGCCAGGGUAUCGCUGCCCUGAGUUGAUGUUAUAGGCCUACAUCUACUCUGCUAGAUCUGGACAUACUGCCAUCUAGUCAUUCCCACCCUGAAGCUGAAGUAGGCUACACUGUGACUGGGGAGCCUUUCUUUAAGUCUUUUGUUUUCAUAAUUAUGCGGUUUAGACAGCCUGUGUUAUGUUCAUCAUGCGGUCAAGACAGCCUGUAUGUUCAUUAUUCGGUCUAGACAGCCUGUGUAUAUGUUCAUUAUUCGGUCUAGACAGCCUGUGAUAUAUCAUGUUCGUCAGGCCCAUCAGAGUUCACAAGGCUAGUCUUAUCUAGGUCAAGACAAGAUCUCUGACUUCCUGUUCUCAAAGACUUGAUGCAAUCUCUCGCUUUUAUUUGAGAAAAGAAUUUUGACCAAGUAGUUUUGAAAGGCAUGCUGAACGCAAGCAGAGAGACUGUGGACUGGUAACUGUGACGACAGAUUGAACAAAACAGAGCUGCACAAUGGAGAUGUCAUCGUCGGGCAAGCACGUUCCCCCCGUGCAUGUACACGCCAAGCUUCAGAGCACCCAGAUGCACUACACACCCCACAACAUGGCCUCCGUGGCCGCGGAUGCAGCGGCGAGCGUUCACGCCAGCUCACAAGGGGGACAGAUGAACGAUGCCAAGGCCAAGACUGUUCUGAAAGAGGCCGUGGACGCUGUGGUCAAUAGCUUUGCCAAACACACGCAUGGUCACGGUCGAGUGAAUGUCGUGGAGGCGCUGCAGGAGUUCUGGCAGAUGAAGCUGGAGCGAGGGGCGGACUUGACCAACGGAGCCCUGGUGGUGUACGAGUCUCAGCCGGCCACCACGGCACCCUACGUCUGCUUCGUCAGUCUACCGGGAGGCAGCUGCUUUGGCAGUUUCCAGAUAUGCAGCACCAAGGCCGAGGCUCGACGAAGUGCAGCAAAAAUAGCGCUCAUGAACUCAGUGUUCAAUGAACAUCCCUCGCGGAAGAUCACAGAUGAGUUCAUGGAGAAAGCGGUAGCAGAUGCCGUCUCGUCUUUUCAGGGCACCCCCUCGGACGCAGAAAAUCCCAGCACGGGAAUCGGAGCCUUCAAGUUUAUGCUGGAGGCCAACAAGGGGAGGUCAAUGCUGGAGUUCCAGGAACUGAUGACGGUCUUUCAGCUCCUCCACUGGAACGGCAGUCUCAAGGCCAUGCGGGAGCGCAACUGCUCGCGGCAGGAAGUGCUGGCCCACUACUCCCACCGCGCCCUCGACGACGACAUGCGCUCGCAGAUGGCCCUCGACUGGAUCGCCAGAGAGCAGGAGUCGCCAGAUAUCAUCACCACAGAGCUGGAGAUGGCGGAACGAGACCUGGAAGCAGCGCGUCUGGCAGGGAGGGAGCUCCGCUUCUUCAAGGAAAAACGGGACAUUCUUGUGCUGGCCCUGAGUCAGAUCAACCCCAACGGAGAGACCAUCACCUGAGUUUUGGGGAGAGAGGAACUAACAAACACUUUUGUUUCUUCUUUUGGCUGAAUCUUGGAGGUUUCGAACAACGUCUUGUGCAGCUGGCUGAAUGUGUGAGGACUGACUAAAAUUUUAAUUUUGUGCGAAUCUGUCGAGAAUGAAACAUCUUUUACCCGAAUCUAUUAUGGGGACUGAAAUGUCUUUUUCCUGAAUUUUUGGGGACUGAAACGUCUUUUUCCCUCUACCUGAAUCAGUGGAAUGUUGUUGUUUUUUUUACCAGAAUCAGUUAAGUGUCUUUUACUGAAUCUAUUACCUGGGUACCUGAAUUUUGAAGGACUGAAACCUCUUUUUCCUUCUACCUGAAUCAGUGGAAUGGUGGGGGGGGGGGUUUAACCAGAAUCAGUGAAAAUGUCUUUAACUGAAUCUAUUAUCUGAAUUUUUGGGGACUGAAAUGUUUUUUGCCUGACUCUGCGAGAACUGAAACGUCUUGUGCACUGUUGGUUGUGUCUUUGCAGGCUCAAAUCAAAGGUGCUGGUAGCCUGUGCCAAUUAAAUCUGGAUUUCUGAAA